AUGAGUGGGAGAAUCCUCUCCCAUAGGCUCGGUCCGCUAUUGCGGAACGGGCACCUAGCUCGCCAUGUCCAUAAUGCAGGGUCAAGGACCGGUGGCCUGCUACGCGCAAACAGUGGCGCUGCUCUCCGAGGACGCGCUUGGCCAGUAGGCUCGAAUUCGAUACACAAUGUCCCAGCAGUCCGAUCGAUCUCUUUUGCCCGAAUGCUCCCAAAGCUGGCCAUGAAACUGGUCAGGAUCCCGGCCAUGUUCGGCGGUGCAACUGUCGCGGGGUUGGCAUACUUCCAAUACCAAGCAACCCAGGCCGGUAAUUAUGCGAUGGAUAUUUUCAAACAAGCUUCGGAUACCGCGGGAAAUACAGCAUCGACUUUGUUCCAAGGACUGCAAGAUGCUGCCGAGCAGACACAACGGGGGUGGAACAAGACAACUGAAGACAUCGAGGUUCCAGAAUGGCUACAAAAGAUCCUCCGCAUCGACGAGGAGUCUGAAUCCAGAAAGGGUGGUUCUCCUGGUGGAGGCAAGGAACCGAAACAAAAUCGGGCUGGGGCCGGCGCUGCUGCCGCCGCUACUACAACGGCAUUCGGUUACGACCAGAGUGACGAAGAAGAUAGACGCCUGGAAAGAGACGCUGCGGAGGAUGACCAGAUGAUGCUUCUCACACGCAAAAUGAUUGAGAUUCGGAAUAUUCUCCAGACAAUCGGCCAGUCCAGCACCCUCACGCUUCCGUCAAUUGUCGUGAUCGGUUCCCAAUCCUCCGGCAAAAGUUCAGUUCUUGAAGCCAUUGUCGGCCAUGAGUUCCUGCCCAAAGGAUCAAACAUGGUGACGCGGCGACCUAUCGAACUCACUUUGGUCAACACCCCCAACGCCCAGGCAGAAUAUGGCGAAUUCCCAGCCUUGGGUCUUGGAAAAAUCACAGAUUUCUCGCAGGUUCAACGUACGCUCACGGAUUUGAACCUUGCUGUGCCCGAGAAGGACUGCGUCUCAGAUGAUCCCAUCCAGCUCACAAUAUAUUCGCCCAACGUUCCAGAUCUUUCAAUGAUCGAUCUACCAGGUUAUAUUCAAGUUGCAGGCCAUGACCAACCGCCCGAGCUCAAGCAAAAGAUUGCAGACCUUUGCGACAAAUACAUCCAGCCACCAAAUGUCAUCUUGGCUAUUUCUGCAGCUGAUGUCGACCUGGCAAACUCUACAGCACUCCGAUCCAGUCGCCGUGUCGAUCCCCGGGGUGAACGUACUAUUGGUGUGAUCACAAAAAUGGAUCUUGUCAGCCCUGAACGUGGACGCGACAUACUUUCUGAUAAGAAAUACCCCCUUCGCCUGGGUUACGUGGGUGUUAUCAGCCGCAUCCCUCAGACAAAUGCUCUUUUCUCCAGAGGUUCCGGGAACAUUACCAGUGCUAUCCUCAAGAAUGAGCAUGCGUACUUCUCUGCGCAUCCAACUGAAUUUGGGCCGCACUCGGAAGUUUCAACUGGUGUCUCGAAUUUACGAAAGACGCUUAUGCAUGUUCUUGAGCAAACUAUGGCAUCCAGUUUGGCUGGCACGAGAGAUGCAAUCAGCCAAGAACUUGAAGAAGCAACCUAUGAAUUCAAGGUUCAAUACAACGACCGGCCUUUGAGCGCAGAGUCCCACUUGGCCGAAAGUCUCGAUGGCUUCAAGCACUCUUUCAAGGCCUUCGCCGAAGGCUUCGGUCGUCCACAGGUCCGUGAGAUGCUCAAAGCAGAACUGGACCAGCGGGUCAUGGACAUCCUGGCGCAGCGUUACUGGAACAAGCCGGUUGAGGACCUAGAUCCCCCAAUGCUGGAGUUGGACCCCCUCAAAGAUCUCCCAAAGGCAGACCCCGAGGCUCUCUAUUGGCACCGCAAACUAGACGCCUCUACUUCCUCGUUGACAAAGCUUGGAAUUGGUCGGUUGGCCACAACUGUUGUUGCCAGUGCUCUUAACAACCAUGUGGACUCCCUCCUGGCAUCCUCGACAUUCGCAUCUCACCCUGGCGCUCACAAGCAGAUUACUGAUGCUUGCACCAGUAUUCUCAACGACAGAUUCUUCAGCACUAGUGACCAAGUGGAAAACUGUAUCAAGCCUUACAAGUAUGAGAUUGAGGUCGAAGAUCCCGAGUGGGCCAAGGGUCGAGACAAUGUGGGCCGAGUUCUCAAGGAAGAGCUCAAAGCCUGCGAAUCAGCAAUGAAACACGUGGAAGAUACUAUUGGCAAGCGCAAGCUGAAAGAUGUCAUAACAUUCAUUGACAAAGUGCGCAAGGGCGAUGUUGUACUAGAGGGCAAUGGCGAGGGUGGUGCGGGUGGUUUCAGCGCCGCCUUGCUGGAGAGAGGACGAGAGGGUCUUUUCCUCCGUGAUCGCGCAGAUCUCAUUAAGAUGAGACUGCUGGCCGUUAGAUCCAAGCAAUGUGCCUCACAAAAGAACAAAUACUACUGUCCAGAAGUGUUCCUGGACGUGGUGGCCGACAAACUCACCUCAACGGCAGUUCUCUUCCUUAACGUUGAGCUCCUCUCUGAAUUCUACUACAACUUCCCUCGCGAGCUAGAUUCGAGACUUGGCCGACACCUUUCCGACGCUGAGGUUGAGCGAUUUGCCCGCGAGGACCCUCGAAUCCGCCGUCAUUUGGAUAUAAUCCGCAAGAAAGAGUUGUUGGAGCUGGCUCUGGAGAAGAUCGAGAGUAUUCGACAACUUGACGGCCGCAGUCGAAAGUCUGAGCGUCCGCCUCCUGGAAAGGAAACACGCAGUCGCUGGAACUUGUUUUAG